GACCUGGUCAUAAAUGAUACUCCGAGACAAAACAAUAAAAAUCAAAGCACUGAUACCAUUAAACCAAAAGAGCGUUUAUCAGACCCCAUGUAAGCGGGACAGUCGUUAAACUGUCGAAGAGUAUGUAACAACAGGCAAAACAGAAAAACAAUUAAGGGUACAGGACUUGACCAGAAAUGUUAACUUCCAAUAAACCUCUCGCAUCUCUAUUUGGAAUACGAUUGGGUCGCUGCUUGGUGACAUCAAAGAUUCAUCCACCAAUCACGAACCGUCCUUCGUUCAAUCUGUUACCRCCCUCUGAACUGGCUCAAAAGAGCAACAACAUCUUGGCUGGUAGAAAGUAUCUUCCUGGAUCAUGGAGCCAAACAUUCCCGAAGUUCCUUGCAAACCCAAGGGUAGGGUUACCUCAUGCGCUAAGUGUAGCAAAUGCUGACAAGGCAAGUUUUGGAGAAUUGGGUCAAUUAUGCAGAAAAGAACUGGAUGUCUCAUUGCCUCGUUUUGGUGUAGUAUUGUUCAGAGGAAUGGGGCUGAGUGUUGCAAAGGAUUUUUCAGAGUUCACUAUGGGGCUUGGUUACGAGGCUAUGAGGUAUGAAGGGGGGACAGGGAAUCGACAUCUGGUGGACGAAGAGGCUUGUCUAUUCACAUCCACUGAUGAUCCAAUGGAGUUCAAUAUCGAACUACAUAAUGAAAUGGCUUGCUCUACUAUACAUCCAAAAAAGGUGAUAUUUUGUUGCAUUCAAGCACCUGUGCCAGGUAACGGAGGACUCACACCAMUAGCAAGRAAUUCAGAAGUGUUCAGCAGCUUGGAUCCAAAAGUUGUCCAUGUUCUUCAAGAAAGAAGGAUUCGUUAUCUACGUUACCUUCCUGACGAGAAAGAAAAGAAGUAUACGUCAUGGCAACAGUCGUUCAUGACWCAAGACCCUCAGGCUGUCGAAAAGUUUCUCAGGAACGUAAACUUUAACUUCAAAUGGGACAAAAACGACAACAGUCUUCGAUAUUGGUACGUGUUGGACCCACUYGUCYCGCAUCCCGCUACGGGACAACCCGUAUGGUUCAACCAAGCAAACGUGCAUCACAACACGUACUACAAGGAAUCACCAAUGUUCAAGGGCAUGGAACUGCCCAAUGAUAUGUACCCAACUCAYGCUACGUAYGGYGACGGAAGUGAGAUCGAAACGGAAGUGAUUCGACACAUACGGGACAUCAACUGGUCUAGUGCUGUUGGGUUUCAAUGGCAGAAUGGUGACGUCAUAGUCAUUGAUAACAUCCUCGCCAUGCACGCACGAUUGAGUUUUACAGGACAAAGAAAGAUUCUUUCUUUUUUGACAAAGAACUAAACUCUUGAUAAAAAUACACUUUUGCUCAUUCAAUGUUAAUAUUUAAUUUCCUUMAAUAAUAUUUGAUAAGUAAAUAUCAAUAACUUAUCAAAAUAGAAAUUAGUUUUUUGACGAGUAAAAGAUUUGACGCAAACAAUAUCCUGCACUAGAAAAAAGGGCUUAAAUUUAGAACUUUUUUGAAUUUUUUUCCCGGUAGCCUCGCAAGCAAGCGCUUCAGAUUAAGUUGA